CAAGUAUAAUAUAAUCAAGGGAGAGCUCUUCAUAUUUGAACGAGGAGCAUAGCACUUCAUCAAACAUUCAUCAAUAUCCCCUCUAGGCCUCUACUGCUUUGAAGAACCAAGAUGUCUGUUGUUUUUUCAUAGAUGGUGGAGGUGAGAGUUCCUAACUUGGAUUGCGAGGGAUGUGCUUCAAAACUUAGAAAAGCCCUAUACAAGCUCAAAGGUGUAGACGAGGUGGAGGUAGACAUGGAGACACAGAAAAUUACAGUGAGAGGCUAUGCAUUGGAAGAAAAGAAAGUGCUAAAGGCAAUAAAACGCACAGGAAAAGCAGCAGAGCCAUGGCCAUAUCCAGGAUACUCUAAUUAUUUUUCAUCAUUUUAUAAGUAUCCAACUCACAUUAUAAACCAUUAUUAUGAUACAUCAAGAAAUGUGGCUGCACCCAGUGUACAUACUUUCUUCCACACUCCGGCGGUUUACUCGGUGGCUGUCGCCUCCGACGAGCCUGUGGCUUCACUUUUCAGUGAUGAUAAUCCACAUGCAUGUACUGUUAUGUGAGAGAGCCUUUUAUUUUCGUUUUCUUGAUGAAAAUCUUGAAUUAUGUUGUACUCCACUUGAUAUUUGUGUUAUGGUUUAUUAAUUUAUUUGAGCUUGGCAUUUUUGUUU